AUGAAGCCGAGCCAGCGCAGCCAGAGCAGCGGGCCGCUGGGCAGGAGGGCGUCGGCGCCGGGCACCGCGGCGCCGCCAUCGACGCGCGAGGUCUCCGCCGCGGGGGCACGCCGCUCCGGGUCACGUGACUCGUCGAGCAGCCGCGAGGUGCGGUGCGCGUGCCAGUACUUUCAGAGCGAGAGCCUCCUGCCCGAGCGCAUGUCCCUCGUGGGCACGCCCGGCGGCACCAGGCCGCCGUCCCGGGGCUCGGCCGUGGCCAGCUGGCGAGCGAACAUGGGCGACCACGAGUACGAGCCGGUGUCUCCACCGCCGGGGCCCGCCGUCGCGGGCCCGCCGACCGUACACGUGACGAACAUCGAAGGGAUUACGAUCCAGGAGCCCCCCGAGGGCCCCGACGCCGAGCCCAUCAUGUCGGAGACCGACUCCGCCGGCUCCCCGGUCCGCCGGCCCGUCGACGAGGUCCCCGUGCCCCACGACGGCGACGACGAGGACAGGGCCAUGUCCGGCGGAGAGAUGGGCGACACGAACGGAAGUCUGGGAGGAGCGGAUGACGAGAUGGAGCACGAGGACGACGAGUUCAUCACGGCGGCGCAGAUCCAGCAGCAGAUGGAGGACCGCUUCUUCGCGCCGACGCCGACGACGAUGCGCGCCGAGUCCCGGACGCCGGACGCCGCGCCGAGCACGGCCUACGCGGCGGCCCCGUCCGGCGCCGACGCCGCGCCGCAGGCCAAGAAGGGCCGCGGCAAGAACAAGAAGCUCUUCAUGGCGGGGUCGGCGCAGGGCCGGUGGGGACGGCUGCGCGGCACCGGCCAGUCCUCGGCGGGCACGGCGAGCAGCGGCAGCCCGGCCGACGGCUCGCAGCCCGAGACCAUCCAGCAGCGGCUGCGCUCCGGCGCGGACCGCCUCAAGACGCGGCUGGCCGGCAUGCCGCGCCCGAAGCUCCCCGCCGUGCGCAAGCCCAAGUUCACCAUGCCGGACAAGUCCAAAUUCCACCUGCCGGACCGGCCCAAGUUCAAGAUGCCGGAGCGGCCCAAGUUCAAGAUGCCCGACCGGCCCAAGAUCUCCCUCGGCAGCCUGGGCCGCGGCGUCCGAGGCAGCGCCAGCACGGCCGCGGCGUCCGAGGCCACCACCGCCACGAGCGGCACCGCGAGCGGCACCGCGGACGGCAGCUCGGAGCCGCAGCAGCCCAAGAAGGCCGGCAAGCGGUCGCUCAAGGCCAAGGCCAUGGCCAUGAGGAGCGGCAGGCAGUACAGCACUGAGUCCACGGCCGGCUCCUCGGAAAAGCGCCGGCCGCUGUUUGACCUCAACACGUUCCGCACGUACCCGCGCAUGCUGACGCGCAAGAUCCGCGGCGGUGACUCGUCCUCGUCGCCCAGGUCGGCGCGGUCCACGCGGCCCGGCACGCCGCCGCCACGCGCCAGCUUCAGCAACGACACCGUCAAGUGGAUGCGCCGCUUCUCCGAGGCCAAGUACGGCGCCGGCGACCCGCAGGCCGCCGCCGUCAACUACGCGGCGCACCACACGCCGCCGCCCACCAACAACAGGCACACGGAGCCCCCGGCGCAGGCCUCGGCGGCCCAGGCGCAGCAGUCCUCACAGCCGGCCUCCACCAGAAACGGCGAGCAGAUGGUGUACCACAUUUCGCUGCACGGCACCGACUCGGAGCCCGAGUACAGUGACGACCAGUUCCAGGGGCCGCCCUACCCAGAGCUGCUGCCCAUCGACGGCGACCUGGAGAUCGUGGACCAUGCCGCCAGGAAAGCCCUGGAGGAGGCCAAAGCCGCGGCAGCGGAAGAGGCCGCGCUGGAGGCCAAGAGAGAGGCCAGGAGGGAGGCCAAGAGGGAGGCCCAGCGGCUCGCCGACAUCGAAGCCGUGCGGCGGGCAGAGGCAGCGGAGGAAGCGCAAAUGGAGAGGGAGUACCGCAGGCGCACUCAGCAGCAACAACAACAACAAGGCCGCAGCCUGCGGUUCGGCCGCUACGCCGCGGACAGCAUGGACGCCGACGAGGAGCAGGACUACAGCCAGGACCAGGACUACAGCCAGGAGCAGGACGUGGGCGACUCGGACCGCGAGAACCGCUCGUCGGGCACGUCGUCGGAGCGCCACCGCCGCGGCGUCAUCGAGGAGAUCGACUCGGACGAGUUCUUCCUGCGCCAGAAGGGCAUCAGCCAGGAGGACGUCGACGUGGGCCGCUACAUCGCGUCCGAGAUCCGGGAGGCAUUGCGGCCCGGCGCGGCGGCGGGCUACGGCCUCGACGACGAGGACGAGGAGUCCGUCGCCGUGCCCAGCCCACCGCCGCCGCGGCCGCAGCGCGGCACGGGCACGCGGUCCCUGGCGCGCAAGAAGAAGCAGGGCAAGAUCUACGUGCCCGCGCGCGCGCCCGCCCGCGCCACGCCGCCCGCCGACGAGGACGACGAGGAGUGGGACGACGAGGAGGACGGCAGGGUUCCGGCCGACGACAGCUACUUCAACACGUUCCCGCCGGACAGGCCAGCGCGUCGCCGCCGCGCCAAGAAACCGGUGCCGCCCACGCCGCCGCCGCGGCACGAGCAGGACGACGAGGACAGUCGCAUCCAGGAGGACAUCGACCUGAGCGUCGCCAUCCACCGCGACGACCUCGGCAUCCUGGCGCAGACGCCCGCCGCGGACGAGCAGGCCGUCGCCGCGCAGCCGCCGAUGCCGCCGAAGCGGCUCCGCAAGUCCAAGUCCUCCAACCUCAACCUCCACGACGACGUCCCCAUGAUCGACGACGCCGAGGAGGACUGGGGACGCGCCGAGCGACGGGCGGAGCGCGAGGAGGUGUUGGCUCUGCAACAAGAGGCCGAUUACAUCGUCCCCCGCGCCGCCCCCGACGGCCAGCAGCAGCCCCCCGUGCCGCCGACGCGCGGCCGCAAGUCCCGCGGCGGCUCCCGGGUGGGCUCGCGCGCCGGGUCGCGGGGCACGUCCCUGGCCGACGAGGACCGCACUUCGCGCGGCGCCGAGUCCCUGCCGUCGGAGCGCGACGGCGACGAGCUGCUGCCCGAGGACAGCCUGCUGGAGGACGUGCUCACCCGCAACGAGGACGACGACGACGUGAGGCUGGGGGCGCGCAUUGACGACUACGCGUUCGUGGACAAGCAGUCGCUGCCGCGCGGAGUGGCGCCCCCCAAGCCCGACCGCCCGCGGCGCCCCAAGCCCCCUCGGCCGCCUGCGCCGGGCCGCCGCGCCAAGCGGGCGCCCACGCAGAGCGCCACGGCCCGCCUGCAGAACUGGAGGCAGUUCUUCUCGCUGCCGACGCGGCGCAGCGCCAAGCAGGCCGCCAAGCAGGCCACCGUCGCCGCCACGCCCGUGCGCCCCGCCAGGAACUACAGCACCCUGGGGCCCGCCCGGCCGCCGCGCAGGGGCAGCCACGGCAGCCAAGGCAGCAGGCACUCGCCCCUGCCCGGCACCGUCUACACCGCCGGCUACCUGGAGAUCCACGCGGACGACGCGGCGCUGCAGCAGCGACGGGACACGCCCGAGCUGGACAACGAGACCGAGAGCAGCAGGGCGGACCUGCAGUCCGGGGACGUCAUCUCCAGGAUGAAGGACAGACCGCUGCCAGCGCCACCGAGGCCCACUCGCGCCCGCAAGCACUACGACAAAGGUGACUUGGACAUGGAGGUGGACGAGCAGUUCCAGGAGAAGACCGUCCCCGACCGCUAUCACUACCCCGACGACGGCGCGGACGCGUCGCGGGACUUCACCGACGUGGAACGGAAGGCCGCCAUGGCGCAGCUCCGGGAGGACUUCUUCUCCAGGUCCGGCGAGGAGGCCCCAGAGACGGCGGCGGACGCGCACCAGGACCAGUGGCACGCCGACGGAAUGCAGAUUCCCACCGUCAUCAUGACGGAGCCCCCAGCGGACGAACCGCUGCCCGACAGCCCGUACAAGAGCCUGCGGAAGAAGAAAAAGAAGAUACCGCCGCUGCCCCCACCGGAGCCCGAGCCAGAGGAGGACGCAGAGCCCGAGCGGCCGGAGGAAGUGUCCAUCGCCAUCCAGACCGACCCCUUGCCGGACGACCUGUGCGUCGAGGACGCCGCCGCGGCCGGCGAGGACCGCGAAGACACGACCACCAGCGCCAGCAGGACCUGGCCCACCGUGAUGGAGCAGAGGCAGGAGGCGCCGCCGCCGCCACCACCGCCCACCAGGCGGCCUCGCAGGGACUCGCACGAGCCCACCGCCACGGCCGCAGCGGCAGCCGCAGCGGCCGCCGUGGCCGCCGCCAUCCCCGCCAGCGUCAAGCUGGACGUGCCCGAGUCCCUGCAGACGCAGCGGCUGCAGGUGUCCGACCUGGACGUGAACCGGCUGAGCGUGAACGAGCUGCGCGCCAACAAGAUCACCGUUUCCGAGAUCGACGGCAUGUCGCUGUCCGUGUCCGAGGUGCACAACCGGUCGUCCAGCGGGCUGCAGCUCGCGCCUGGCGAGCCUGGCACCGUGGAGCUGCCCUCCGACCUGCUGCAGCAGCUGCUGCCGCUGUCGCAGUCCAUGUCGCACGCGCUGUCGCAGUCGCUGUCCGAGUCCCUGGCCAGCAGCCUGUCGCAGGCGCUGUCCCAGAUCCAGGAGGCCCUGUCGCAGCCCGCCGAGCUCGUGCAGCAGCAGCAGCUCCUCCAGGAGCAGCUUCACCGCCUGCAGGAGCUUCAGAGCCAGCAACAGCAGCAGCAGAGCGAGCAGUUGCAGCAGCAGCAGCAGUUCCAGCAACAGCAGCAGCAGCUCGCGCAGGACACGCUUCUGCAAGUGGAGCAGCAGCACUCCGCCGUGCUUCACGAGCUGCAGCAGCAGCUGCAGAGCCUGCAGCUGGCCGCCGCGACGCACCCCGACGUGCCCCCUCCCAUCCCGCCGCCCCCACGCGUCGACGCGCAGUCCAUCCAGACGCAGACGUCCCUCGAGCUCCCCGUCGGCGCCGCGCCGGCCACCACCGCCACCGCGUUGACCGCCCCCGUGGCGCCCCCACGCGGCGGGGCGAGGCCUCGCGUCAGCCCCGCGGCGCUCGGCGUCGACUCUGAGGAGGACGAGGAGGUGGCCCUGGCCAUGGCGCCGCACUCCAGCCACUCCCUGCCGCGGCGACGUCGGCACCACGGCCACAGCCAAGGCCACAGCCACCGGGCGUCGGCGCGGUACUCGUCCGACGACGACGAGGAGCACCUGGCGCCGGCGCCGCGGCGGCACCGUCCCGCCUCCGCCUUGACGCCGACGGCCUCCACGGCGGGCGACGGCGCGGUGCCCAGCCUGGGUGAAGCGGGCCGGCAGCUGGCCCGGGCGUGCCGCGUGAGCGCCAUCCACGCCUUGGCCACGCUGCACCAGGCCAUCCAGCCCGCCAUGGACUCCGUCGGCCAGGCCGUCGGCGCCGACCCCAAGCGACGUGACCUGCAGGCCGCCCUGUGCCUUGUGCUGGUGCUCGUCACCGCCCUCAUCCUGCUGGGCUGUGGCUGCGCGGGCAGCAAGGUAGUCCACCACCACCACUGGGACUUCCAGUUCCCUCCACCCCUAUAGGGCUAUAUUUCUAAUUUCUAGUCACCAGAGAGAAUUGUGAUUCGCCGUUUCGGGUUCAAAGCCCAUCAAAGGACUUUUCUUCAUUCUUUCAUUAUUUUUGUUUUGUUUUGCAUGUUGCAAUGUUUCGUUUUAUUAAGUACUUUUUCGUUUUUGUUGUGGAGUGAAACCAGACUUAUGUAAAUGCUGAUGUGAUAUAUCACUUAACAACAGUCAAGUUUACCUAAACCUGUGACCAUUGAUCACUGUAUUUUUAUUUUGUCACAACUCUAGUCACGUUUCUUGUGCCAUUUAGGGAAUGCCAAUUUUGGGAUGCUAGGUGAAAAUUUAAGUUUUUCUAGUCCUUCUGAAUCUAUCAGUUUUGUUUAAGUGCAUGUAAAAACGUCUAGUCCAAACUACAAGUACUGAAGUGCCUUUUGUGUGUUGAGUGCUUCCCUACAUUGAGCACAGAUUGACAUGUUAAAACAAAGCUUUUAAAAGAAAAUAUGAAAUAAUGUUCCCAAUAACUGCUGCUUAUAAAGUGGAUCUCUCCCUUUUUUCGUAGAGAGGGAAUUCAUGUUUCCUUUCUCGAUUUCCAGUGUACAUGAAACUGGAGGCAAUGAUUUGUCUCCAUUCCCUGUGCCCUACCUGCCUUCCCUACGCAACAAGACAAGGAUUCAUAAACAGUAGUUUAGAUCCCCUUUGAAAAUUGUAUUUAUUUGUUGUAGAUUUCUUAUCCAUCCUAUUUAUGCUCCAUAAGUUGGCAUGUGUUGAUGAUUUUUAUUCUAUUCCAUGUUUUAUCUCAUAUUAAAAUCCCAUAAAAGUUCACCCCUACUGGAGGAGACUAUAUAUUCAACAAAGUCACUGGCGUCUUCGAUUAGAAAUAAGUAAUCCCUUUAAGUCGGCUAUGGAAGAAGCUAUACACAUUGGUAUUGUUUCAUUCCUAACAAAGUCAACAACUCAUGUAGAUAGUAGUUAUAAUCUCCAUCAAGAACACAAGUAAGCAGUGGUAUGCUAUGUUUUUCCAUCACAUUUGCAAGAUUAUUACCUCAUGUGAUGAGAUCUUGUAUUAUAGUGUUUUGUAAGUGUUUUAAUGACAUCAAUUCCUGUCCAAAGUUCAUGUAAAUAAAUGAAUGAAUAAACAUUGCUUUAAGUUUUU